UAGCAUCCGAGCGGCAAGGUUCUUUCACCAAACAUGAUUUCAUGGAAAAAUCAAUGAGUGCUCUACUUACAAUUUCUUUCCUCUGGAUUGCAACUAUUAGUCUUGGCAUCUGCUAUGGAAACUUCAAUUCUGGUUGCAGUCCAAGUGAGAGAGAGGCUCUCUUGAAGUUCCAGCAUGAGCUCAUAGAUCCUCUAAACCGGCUUUCAUCUUGGGGUGGUAAAGAGGAUUGUUGCAGAUGGUUUGGAGUGAUCUGCCACAACUUAACAGGCCAUGUCAUUGAACUCCAUCUUGGAAGUCUUUCUUACGAAGGAUAUUACGAGGAAGCAGACAAGGAAUACUAUAUGAAGCCAACAUUUAGUGGUAAGAUUAGUCCAUCUCUACUCAACUUGAAGCAUUUGAGGCACUUGGAUCUAAGCAAUAAUGAAUUUGGAGGAAUUCAAAUUCCCAAAUUCCUUGGCUUUAUGGGGAGUUUAAGAUACCUUAAUCUCUCGGGUGCCGGAUUUGGGGGAAUGGUUCCUCAUGAGCUUGGUAAUCUUUCCAAUCUUCACUACCUUAAUCUUAAAGCUGGUGGCUAUUAUUAUCCAUAUGUUGAGAAUUUGCAUUGGCUUUCUAGUCUUUCUGUCCUAGAAUUCCUUGAUUUGAGUAAUGUGAAUCUUAGCCAAACCUUCAAUUGGUUGAAAGUGAUGAACAGGCUUCCUUCUCUAGUAGAAUUGCACUUGUCAAAUUGCAAUCUUCAGCAUCUUCAUCCACUCAUAAGUGUUAAUUUUUCCUGUCUUUCCACUCUUGAUUUGUCAUCAAAUAUUUUUCCUGAACCUUUUAUUCCUAAUUGGAUUUUUCAUCUUAAAUCUCUUACAUCUCUUAAUCUAGCCGAAAAUCAAUUUCAAGGACCAAUCCCUAAAGAUUUUCAAAAUAUGACUUCACUCCAAAAAUUGGUCCUCUCAUCAAAUAAUUUUAAUUCUUCAAUUCCCAAUUGGUUUUCUCAUCUUGGAAAUCUUGUUUCUGUUAAUUUAGCCAGUAAUAGCUUUGAAGGUCCGAUUUCUAUUGAACCUCAAAACAUCACUUCUUUGAAGGAACUUGAUUUAUCUCGAAACUAUUUGAAUUCCUCCAUACCCAAUUGGUUAUACAAUUGUAGCCAGCUUGAGCUCCUUGAUCUUGCUCACAAUUCCCUUCAAGGUAAAAUUUCUAGCGCCAUUGCAGGCCUUACCUCUCUCACCAACCUUGAUUUGUCAACAAACAAAGAACUUGAACUCGAUGGAGGAAUUCCAAGACCAUUAAAAAAUCUUUGCAAUUUGAGGUUCCUCUCUUUGUCAGGAGUCAAGCUAAGCCAAGACAUAAAUGAUAUCCUUGAGAUUCUAUCAGGAUGUGUUUCAAAUGGGCUAGAGUCAUUGGAGUUAGACGGUUGCCAAUUAUUUGGUCGUUUGACCAAUCAUCCCAGGCAUUUUAGGAAUUUGGUCAACCUUCGUCUUUCGGUUAAUUCCAUUUCAGGAACUCUCCCUGUGUGGUUUGGAGCACUUGCAAAUGUGGUGGAGAUAGAUAUUGCUCACAAUUUAUUAGAGGGUAAUGUUUCUGAAAUCCAUUUUACAAACCUCACAAAAUUGGAAUCGUUUGAUGCUUCUGAGAAUCAUUUGAUGUUGAGAGUUUGUUCGAACUGGAUUCCACCUUUUGAUCAUAUUGAAUUCUUACGAUUGAGAUCUUGGGUUAUUGGCCCACAAUUUCCGGUAUGGCUUCAUUCUCUAAAAUAUUUACGUGAAGUGGAUUUGUCAAACACAAAAAUUUCUAGUAUUCCCUACUGGUUCUGGAACAUGUCUGCACAAUUUCACUAUUUAAAUAUCUCUCACAACCAAAUCCAUGGAACCAUUCCUCAUAUCCCCAAUCUUGAUCCAUCUUAUUCAUCGAUUGACUUGAGUUCAAAUCACUUCAGUGGUCCAUUACCUUGGAUCUAUGCCAGUGUGGAAACGUUGAUUCUUCACAAUAAUUCAUUUUCAGGUUCCAUAUCCCACUUCCUUUGUUAUAAGAAGAAUCAAGUGAAGGGAAUGAUUAAUCUUAACCUUGACAAUAAUCUUUUAUCCGGAGAAAUACCAGAUUGUUGGAUGAAUUGGCCAGAACUGUGGUUUUUAACUUUAAACAACAACAACUUGAGUGGCAAUAUUCCCAAGUCAAUUGGGGCUUUAACGUCCCUUAAAUCCUUGCAUCUUCGUAAUAAUAACCUCUCAGGUGAAAUACCUUUGUCACUUCAAAAUUGUUCGAAGUUGACCUCACUUGACAUUGGUGAAAAUGAACUGAUCGGGCACAUUCCAACAUGGAUUGGGGAAAGGCUUUCCAAUUUGGUUAUUCUCAACUUUCGUGCAAACAAGUUUCAUGGGCAUAUACCUAAGGAACUUUGUCAUUUGGCUUCUUUGCAGAUUCUAGACCUUUCUCAUAAUAAUCUCUCUGGCAUCUUCCCAAGUUGCAUUAAAAACUUUAGUUCAAUGACUAAAAUUGAUUCAGUAGCACAAGUUUUUAAUGUGUAUACUGGAUAUUUAUAUUUUGGAGAUGAUGCAUUGAUUGUGAUGAAAGGAAGAAUGGUUGAGUAUGAGAAAAUUCUAAAAUUCGUGAAAAGUAUAGAUCUUUCUGACAAUAAUUUAUCAGGAGAGAUUCCAAAAGAAAUAACAAGUCUUAUAUCAUUACAGUCUCUUAAUUUGUCAGAUAAUUUGUUUUUUGGAAAGAUUCCUAAAGAUAUUGGUGAUAUGAAAAUGAUAGAAGUUUUGGACUUUUCUCAAAAUCAAUUAUUCGGAGGAAUUCCUCAAAGCAUCGCAGAUCUAACAUUUCUUAACUUGUUGAACUUGUCCAAUAAUAAUUUGAGUGGGAGAAUUCCUACAAGCACUCAGUUGCUGACUUUUAGCUCUUCUAGCUUUGUUGGCAACAAAGGACUAUGUGGACCUCCAGUCUCUGAGAAUUGUAGCGAAAAUGGCGUUAUGCUUAACAAUGGAAAAGAUGAAGAGAAAGGAAAGGGUGAUGGUGCUGAAGUGGAUUGGUUCUAUGUGAGCAUGGUACUUGGAUUCAUUGUGGGCUUUUGGAGUGUGUUGGGACCUCUAGCUAUUAAUAGACGAUGGAGGUAUGUGUAUUUUCAUUUCCUGGAUUAUUUGGGGCACAAAAUUUGGUGGAGUUUAAGGUAAAGAUUGUUGAAGUUGUUUUUAAAGAUUUAUAGUUAUGUCAAUGUCUUAUUUGUGUUUGUUAUGAUAGUGCUUUAUUUUGUUGUUUCAGUGUUUUUAGAGAGAAUUUGUAAGAGAAGAUACUAUUACUAUAGUUAGUUGCUUUUUACGGUUUUUAUCAUCCUUAAAUUUAAAAGACUCCCUCGUGGAAAGAGGUGAUGUUUUCUCGAGUGCUAGGAUUGUCAAAAUAUCAUUCCGUUUGUACCAAAACACAACCAAGUUCAAAGAGAAAAAAUAAAUAAAUAAUAAUUCAUACUAGGGUAAGUUUUGAUUCACGAUCAACUCAGCCCUGAAUUUCAAGAUGUCACUACCUCAUGUAUCCUUUGUUCAUGUUUUACACAAAGAUAACUCCAUCGUUGAUCAACUAGUGAAGCAAGGUGAUCUGCAUCAAAAGGAUUUUGUUGUGUUCCUGUAGCUCCUUUACAUCUGUUGUUAUGAGAGUUUAACUACCCUGCUCUUGAAGUUUAUGGUAAGUUAAUUAUGUGUCCUUUUGUUUGAUCUUGGUGCUUAAGUGUUGUUAUGGGUUUUAAUCCUCCCAUUUUGGCU